ACAAACAGUUCCCACAAAUCUGUUCUUAUUAGGAACAUUGGCUGUAUAAAGAAUUAAAAUCAGUUUAGUUUUCUUAAUUCUUUACUUCUAUUGACUAGAAAUUCAUUAGAAAUUCAUUGAAAAAUAUUAUUAGUGUUUAUAAGCUGUAAAGGAUGCGUGUCUACAAAGGUGCAAGUUUCUGAAUUCACUAGAUAGAUACGAUUUUAUGAAACAUAUAGUACAAUAAAAGCUGCAUUGUUUGAUAUGUUGAAGAUUGAUCUUAUACAAAUUCAUCGAUUACAUGAAGAUGUUUGUCCUAUUCGGAUUUUAAUUCUUUCCAAUACUCAAAACGUUCAAGCAUUUCUUAAUCAUCAAGAUUAUCAUUAUUAUUGUCUCCGUUGUUUUCGAUUAACACCAGAAUAUUUUUUCAAAAUUGAUUCUAAACAACCAAUGCAUUAUCAAGCUAUUUAUCGUCGCGACAUUAUGAUGUUUCUUCGUACUCUUUUGCAAUGUCAUUCUAACAUUUACGUGCUUAUUCAAGAUACUUUAAAUAAUGUUGACGAAGCCCUUUCUACAGAUAAUAUUGAAAUAAGUCUAUGGACAUUUUCAGAUGCAUCAGACGAUGUUGAAGCGCUAGGUGGUUUUCAUGAAGCUGAAUAA